AUGAACUUCUGUGAUGAAGCACUCAGAGAAGCCUUACACAGCGUUACCGAAGAGGCCAUGAGGCAACACCUGAGUGUUGAGGGUUUUUCCGCAUCACAUAUCUCUGUGAGCAUUAACCAGACAUGCUGGUCCAAAACCACCAGAUUACACAUCGAUUACUCAUCUGAUGGCCUAUGCAGUGAUCUUGGCCAGGAAGACCUGAAGCACCACCAUGCUAUGGAGAGCAGAGCCGUUCUGGCCUGCCGCCGAGAGGAGAAAAUCUUCGCCGGAACACUGCAGGGGGUGGGUGAGUCUUUCGCUACAGGUACAGAGAUUCAGGUGAUGAAUCGUCCUGUUGCUUCAGCUGGGAAGUCCCGGCUGCUGAAGGGUGUUUGUCGACGGCGAAGAGAGGGCUUUUCAAGAGGAGAUGUUGUCGGAGUCAUAGUCAAGAUGAGACAAUUGGCUGUUUUCUGGUUUCCUUACAUAAGCCCAGAACUGUGUGGAGCUGAUCCUGUUGAUGUGAUUUUUAGCAAAGGGUCUGAGGGGCACAGAGAAGAUGCCUCUGUGGAUUAUGUGUACUUCAGUGUAGUCACUGAACUGCUCAAAUAUGGACCAGCAGACCUGCACACUGCCAACAAAGAACCAAAACCUCCCAAAAUGCUCAUCCUUGUCAUUCCAGGUAACCUGGGUGUAGUGGCCUUCUAUAAGACGUACAUGUGAACUCUGUGUCAGACCUUUGUCAGGCAAUAUCUAGUGUGGGCUGUGAGCCAUGCUGGACACUGUAUGCCUCCAGACACAUUUGAUUGAAUUUACGAUGUGUCUGUGACUGAGAAGGAGGAUGUUUUGGGGCUAGAUGGACUGAUUGAACACAAGCUGGCCUUCCUUCGAAAAUAUUUGCCUCAAUACACCAACCUGCUGCUGAUCUGUCACUCCAUUGGCUCCUACAUCAUCCUGGAGAUGAUGAAGUGAGACCAAGAGCUCAAGGCUGUGAAGUCUGUGCUGGCCUUUCCCACGAUUGAGCGCAUGGCCUGUAUCCCUCAAGGCAAGGUCAUGACCCCUGUGCUCUGUCGUCUGCGGUACGCUGUCUAUUUGCUCUUCCUGCUCUCCCUCCUGCCCGAGAGACUGAAGACCAGCAUGGUGCGUCUGACCCUGAGGAACUUAUAUGCACUGGAGAACUCCAUCAUCCCUGCCACGGUCACCCUAAUCAUGUAGACUGCUGCAAAUGGUAUGUACGUGGGGAGCCAUGAAAUGCAACUGGUUGUAGAAAGAGAGAACUUAACCAUAUGUCAACACCUCAGCAAGGUAAUAAAUCUGUACGGGUCGAUGGACCACUGGUGCCCUGUACAGUACUACCAUGUUAUCAGAAAGGACUUCCCUGAAGGGGGCAUUUAUCUCUGUGAGAGGGGCAUCCUGCAUGCAUUUGUCCUUUAUGCAGGGGAAGAAGUGGUCAACGUGACCACCUCAUGGAUCUAUGAUGACCUGAGGACGCUGUAA